AUGUCUUCACGACGAGACCUCUCUGACCAGGCUUCUUCGGCUCUUAAGCCUGACUCGCAGAAAGGCUUCGGCGAGAAGGCCAAGGAGAACCUCGACAAGGCCGCCGCCACCGUUCAGCCUGACUCUACCAAGUCAAACUCGCAGCAGCUUGGUGACAAGGUCACUGGCAAUGACAAGACGGACGAGUCGCUCCUCGACAAGGCCAAGAACGCCGUCGGCCUCAACGACAACAACAACGCCUAA